GAUAAAGAUGUUCACCGAACUGACCGGACAAUCGAUUUCUUUGAAGGAGAUGAUCUACCUAACCCGGACCCUGACAUGAGUGUGGGAACAAAUGCCAACCUAGAGAUCAUGAAAGAUAUAUUGGUCACCUACAAUUUCUACAAUCCCGACCUUGGUUACGUCCAAGGCAUGUCAGAUCUCUGUGCUCCUCUGUUUGUAGCAAUGGGAAACGAAGCCAUGGCGUUUUGGGUAUUUGCCAAGUUUAUGGACAGAAUGAAAUCCAACUUUCUGGUUGACCAAACUGGUAUGCACGGCCAGUUGAAAACUCUGGACAGUUUAAUUCGAUUUAUGGAUCCCGAGCUUUACAAGCAUUUUGAGCAAACCGAAACAGCAAACCUCUUCUUUUGUUUCCGGUGGUUGUUGGUCUGGUUCAAGCGUGAAUUUCAAUGGGAAGAUGUUAUUCUUUUAUGGGAGGUACUCUGGACUGACCACCUGUCAAAUCAAUUUAUAAUGUUUGUUGCCUUGGCAGUAUUGGAUGAGCGCAGAGAUAUUAUUCUUAAAGAAAUGACACAGUUUGAUGAACUACUCAAGUAUAUCAAUGAUCUCUCUGGUACUAUUAAUCUCAAGAGUACCCUAGAGCGGGCUCAGGUGCUCUUUGAACAGUUCCGGCGCCAAGUCAAGGCUAUGGAUAACAAGAAGCUUGAACUCGACGAACAGUUGACACAAACUAGAGGCUGGAAUGAACGUCAAGAACGUGCAAAGAUCCAGGCGUCUAUUGAAAAGCUCUGUCUCGAUGACAAUCUGAGGAACCUCCUGAAAGCGUUUGCUUAA